GUUUAACCACUAGUAGUAUCACUUAAACUCUUAUCACGUGAGGUUUAUUAAACCCCAACACACUAACAAAGGGUUAAAUAUCCAAAUAUUUAAUAUUGGCAAUGAAAAGAUCAAAGUCUGACGAACUAUUCAUUAAAACUUCGAAAUCGAAGAUGAAUCAAUUUGUAAGGUUAGAUCUACAAGCUCACAUAAGUUCAUUGAACAAGACACCUGCUUCUAUUGUGCAGGAAUAUGCGGCCAAAAAUCAUCUUGUACCCCAAUAUAACAUCAUACAUAAUGGCAUUUCACAAAGUAAAGUUACCUUUAAAUAUAGCUUGGCGUUGGGAAAUUAUGAAACUGUAGGUGAAGGAUCCUCUAAAAAAGAAGCUAAACAUGAAGCUGCUUUAAAAAUUCUUAAACUAAUGAUUAAAGAUAAUCCACAGUUAUUAGAAACGGAGUUUAAACAUUGGGAUUUUGAUAAUCAUGUGGUAUCUCCUUUUGACAACAAUAUCAAAGUUAAUGCUAUUGGUCAAUUGAAUGAAAUUUGUGCUAAUAAUAAGCUGGCAUUGCCUGAAUUUCGUUUAGUUCGAGAAGAAGGUCAAGCACAUGCAAAACUAUUCACUAUUAGUUGUCAUUUAUCUAAAAUGGUUGAAAUAGCUACACACAAAACCAAGAAACAGGCCAAGCAUUUGUCAGCAGUUCAGAUGGUAAAAAGAUUUCAGUCUCUUGAACAAUCAUUGGUGAUGGAACCUGAGAAGCAGAACACUGACUCUUUAAAGGUCUUAGAUCAAGUUGAACUUAUUAAAACAGAUUUUGUGAGAAAAAAUGGACCCAUAGAUGAAAAUGUAUCUAAUUAUCAUUUAUUGUUUAAACAAACUGAAUGGUUAAACACUGAGACUCUUGAUAAUGUUGUUAAACAGUAUGUAACUAAAGGACAAUUAAACAUAAGUAAUCCUCUUGAAGUGUUAAACACAAUCGUCGAAGAAUGUGGAAUGAUUUUGGUCGAAAAAGUCAUGAAUAAAACAAAUAUAUGUACAACUUUUAAUCAAUUGGUUUUAGGUAUAGAUAAUGUAUAUCCACCAAUUUUUGGUAUUGGUUUGAAUAAUGAUAUUAAUCUAGCUAAAAAUAUGGCUGCCACUCAUUUGCUUGAAAAUAUUUGUAUUCUAUCAAUAUAAGAGUAUUUUAUUGAUCUAUUUAUGGAUAUAAGUAAUAAGAAUAAAUUUGCCACUCUUUUAUUUUUCUUAUAAAAUUUUAUUUUUUAAGCCUAAAUAGAAGUAUUUGUAAAACUUUAUUGCUCAAAGUUUAGUGGUACUAGAAGUGUUCAUAUUUGUUAGUAUGUC